AAACGGAAAGAUGUUGCAGGUGUAACCAACAUUAACAGAAGCUCCAUGGCGCCCUCCAGCGGUGACUCAGCGUGCGUCUCUCGCGCAGCGGAAAACAAGUGCACUGCAGCUGAACGGUGCAUUCGGUGAGAGGUCGGUAAAGCAGUCGUGUCAGCUCGUCGGCAAACCUCUCCCUCGCUUUAAUCUGGACCCAGUUUUAAUUUUGUCCUAAAAAAUCCGCAAAUCGAAGGCACAGCAGAAUAAUCGUGGUGCUGGACACACAGCUCGGAUAUUGCCGUGAACGCUGAAGGCUGAGAAAUGGCAACGACAACUUGCACGCGCUUCACCGACGAGUUCCAGCUGUAUGAAGAACUUGGAAAGGGGGCCUUCUCCAUCGUGAGACGUUGUGUCAAGCUGUGCACGGGCCAAGAGUAUGCUGCCAAAAUCAUCAACACCAAAAAGCUCUCGGCAAGAGAUCACCAGAAGCUGGAACGAGAAGCCCGUAUCUGCCGCCUGCUCAAACAUCCCAAUAUCGUGCGGCUCCAUGACAGUAUAUCAGAGGAAGGCUUCCAUUACCUCUUAUUUGACCUUGUGACGGGUGGAGAGCUGUUUGAAGACAUCGUAGCCAGAGAAUAUUACAGUGAAGCUGACGCCAGUCAUUGUAUCCAUCAGAUUCUAGAGAGUGUCGAUCACAUUCACCAUCAUGACAUAGUGCACAGGGACCUGAAGCCGGAGAACCUGCUCUUGGCCAGUAAAUGCAAGAACGCCGCCGUCAAGUUGGCCGACUUUGGCCUGGCCAUUGAAGUGCAGGGAGAACAGCAGGCCUGGUUUGGGUUCGCUGGGACGCCAGGUUACCUCUCCCCAGAAGUGCUACGAAAGGAGGCUUAUGGGAAACCUGUGGACAUUUGGGCCUGUGGAGUCAUCCUGUAUAUUCUGCUGGUGGGAUAUCCUCCGUUUUGGGAUGAAGACCAACACAAACUCUACCAGCAGAUCAAAGCCGGGGCUUAUGACUUCCCUUCGCCAGAGUGGGACACGGUCACCCCUGAGGCCAAAAACCUGAUCAAUCAGAUGCUGACCAUCAAUCCAGCCAAGAGAAUCACGGCCCAGGAGGCUCUGAAACACCCGUGGGUCUGCCAACGCUCCACUGUGGCGUCCAUGAUGCACAGACAGGAAACAGUCGAGUGCCUGAAGAAGUUCAACGCGAGAAGGAAACUCAAGGGUGCGAUAUUGACCACCAUGCUGGUGUCGCGCAAUUUCUCUGUGGGCAGGCAGACCACGGCACCCGCCAGCGUCUCUGCAGCCGGUACCACCACCAGUCUGGUGGAACAAGCAGCCAAGAGCCUGCUCAACAGGAAGGCCGAUGUCAAGAAACGGAAGUCCAGCUCCACCGUUCAGUACAUGCCACAGUCAAACAGUGUGAAAAACAGCAUAGUCACCAGUCCCAAAGGAAACGUCUCUUCUCCUGCUCUGGAGCCUCAGACCACUGUAAUCCAUAACCCAGUGGAUGGGAUCAAGGAAUCUUCAGACAGCAGCCACACCACCAUUGAAGAUGAAGAUGUCAAAGAGAAAAGCCUAAAUAGCAGUUCAGUUAAAGCCCCCUCUGAAGUCAGCCAAUCACCUCCGGGCUCCGUCCCUGCCAUCUUCUCCACCAAGCUGACUGACAUCCUGGGCUGCGCCCGUAAGGUCUCGGGACCCCCGGCAUUGCCUGAUAGUGAAGCAGCAGCCCACUCAGCACAAUCCCCUCCACAGACCCCCAUCAUGCAGACACGCAAACAGGAAAUCAUUAAGAUCACGGAGCAGCUGAUAGAAGCCAUCAAUAAUGGGGACUUUGACGCCUAUGCGAAAAUCUGUGAUCCUGGACUGACAUCCUUUGAACCCGAGGCUUUGGGGAACCUGGUUGAAGGAAUGGACUUCCAUAGAUUCUACUUUGAGAACUUGCUUUCUAAGAACAGCAAGCCGAUCCACACCACCAUCCUGAACCCUCACGUGCACCUGAUCGGAGAAGAAGCCGCCUGCAUCGCCUACAUCCGCCUCACUCAGUUUGUGGACGGGCAGGGCCUGCCGCGCAGCAGCCAGUCGGAGGAGACCCGCGUGUGGCACCGUCGGGACUCCAAAUGGCAGAACGUUCAUUUCCACUGCUCCGGUGCACCAGCUGCCCCUCUCCAGUGAAGAGUGGCCCUUCAACAGAUACAUUAGGUGCGAGUGACAAGGCGGACUGAUAGAAUGGCUCCAAACCCUCCAGCCUUCCAACGCUGGACACAGCCGUCCUCUCCUGCAUGCAAACCCACAGUUAUCUGUCCACCUGCUGGGCAUCCAGAACCCCCGUCACCUCCGACUCCACCCAGCACGCUACCGAACGUCUUUAUGCCAAGACUUCCUCCCAACACAAGAGCAGCACUGCAUAUAUUAAUCAUCGAGAGCAAUCAUAGACUCCAGAUUACCUUCUAGAGUUAUAAUAACCCGCACGAUUGCCUUUGCGCUCAUCUUCACUGGCCUUAUGCCCCCUGUGCCCAGGUACUCCCAAAUACAGUAGAUCAUGUUUUAAUAAAAAUAUCAUUAUUAUUGCUGUAUUUAUUGUUAUUGUUACUACUAUUGAUUAUAUAUGAUUAUUACUUCCGUCAGGUUUCUAAGUAUUACUGUUGUUCUUGAGAUUGUAUAUUUGAUGGUAAAAUUACUGAUGUUUUGUUUUUAAACACUUUUUUUUUUUAAGCAUGGAUUUUAAGUAUUUUUUUGGUGUUCAAAUAAUCUGAAGUCACUCUAAAAGCAGCUGCACACGAAUAUGGUGGCGAGCGGUUUUUCUGUCACCGUGAUCAGUGUUCAUAUCAUCAGGUCACCAAUCAGAUCUCUUAGAGGCAGCUGACAUCAUCACAUCAUUGAGAUUCACCUCGUAUAUCUGCAGCUUGCCAAGUUGAAUUCCUUCAAAAGGAGCUGUCUGUCUCUUAAUCAGAGCAUAAUCGGUAUCUGUAUUGGCCCUUGAUGACCAGCAGCUGAUGUGUCCUUCUUAUUGACAGUCAGUGCUGAUCUGGUUUUAUUUGAGUUUUGGUGGUCUGUGAGACUAGGAACGUCUGCUGAAGCUAGUCUUCUUUUUCUCUAGGAAUCUAGUAGGAUGUUUCGAGAGGGUACAGCAUGUUGUUUUUUAAGGGCUUUUAUUGUAAAGCAGCAGGAAGUUUACAGCUGUUCGCUGGCCAGGUGUUUAUUUAAAAAGCCAUUCUGGAUCCCACGGUCAUCAUAAACCUAUGAAUUUUAACAUGUCACAGAACAUUGUGAUUCACCUCGACUCAGGCACCUACAGUUAUCAUUCUUUGUUUUGUUUUUUUUGUUCUGUACAUGCAGGAACUUUUUAUAUAUAAUUUAUGUGGUGUAAUUAUGGCAGUAUUGGCCAUAGUUUUUUUUUUUUAGCUUGUACGCGUGUACGUGUGUGGUUUUACAAUACAAUGGCACUGAUAUCCUGAAUGUGAAAGCAUAGUCACUAUAUUAAAGUGUUGAAAGCCAUAACACAGUGUGUGAAUUUUUGGUGGAUCUGUAUGGAUGUUUUUGUUAGUGUUGUGUUUCUGUCUAGCAGAACCGGAAGACAGUGUUAUGUGGAUUGACUAGAGGACUUCCUGACAACUGGUACUGUUUGUUUUUGACAUCCUGUCAAAACAUUUCUGAAGUCACACAACCUUUGUUGAGGCUACUCGUUGUGUUUUAUGUUGCUUUCAAAGGAAUAGAUCACCCAAAAUGAAGAUUUCAGGAAAAUGUACUCACCCUCAGGUCAUCCAAGAUGUAGAUGAGUUUCUUCAUCAGAACAGAUUUGGAGAAAUGUAACAUUACAGCAAUUGCUCACCAAUUGAUCCUCUGCAGUGAAUGGGUGCCGUCAGAAUGAGAGUCCAAACAGAUAAUAAAACAUCACAAUAAUCCACAAGUCAUCCAUGUCGAUGGACUGAAGUGGUGUGGAUUAUUGUGAUGUUUUUGGACUCUCAUUCUGACGGCACCCAUUCACUGCAGAGCCUCUAUUAAUGAGCAAGUGAUGUAAAGCCAAUCCUUUCUAAAUCUGUUCUGAUGAAAAAACUCAUCUACAUCUUGGAAGGCCUGAGCAAGAGACAGUUUUCAACAAAAUGUAAUUUAUAGGUGAACUGUUCCUUUAAUUUCAAUCUGAAAUGUGACUUGUAUUUUUGUAGUACACUUUAAUGAGAGUUUCAAACACUUUGUAAAUGAUGGCAAAUACAACAUCCGCUGCAAACGGCAGUCCGCAUGUCGACAAACCGGUGUUAUUCCUUUAUUUGUGUUUAGAAUUGCAGACAAUAAUUGAAAAUUAAACCGCUCGACAUAUAGAUAUCUUGUAAAAACUACCGCUGCAUAGUGUUAACUUAUCUUAACGGUGAAAGCUAUUUGCAUGAACUACACCUUCACAAUAAUACAUUUUGGUGACUUUUUUUUUUGUUUCAUUCUGUGUAUUUUAUACUGAAUGCUGGUGAUUCUAUUUUUAAGCUUUGUAAGUGCAUAUAACUAUUUUUGUCUAAUGAUGAUGAUGACUGUCAUGGUAAAACAGCUAUUCUGAUUGUAUGGCAUGCUUUUGUAUAGCAUUUGUUGUUGUUUGAGCAGUGUUGGUUGAAUCCACCGAAAAUGUGAAAUAAUGAACAAUGUGUUUAUUAGUGUGGGUCAAUCGCAGUGUUUGCCGAUGUCACACUAGGUCACAUUAUGCAUGUGUUUUAUUACGGAAUGGAUCGUGCUUUGGCUGCCAGUCUACAAAAGGGACCUCGAAUUAUGUCUGUGUUCAAUGACGUUUAAUCAACAACCUUCAGUGUGCUUCGCUCAAAUGCUGUCUUCUUCUUUAGGGGGCGCUCUUUACCACACUGUUCUAGAUAAAAAUGCAUAAUUUUAAGAUUUCCAAGAAUUUACUCACUUUUCUGCUUAUACACAGAAACACAAUCUUAAUGCACUAACAAAUUGUGUUAAUGAAACGUAAAUGUUUUUUUUUUGUUGUUUUUUUAGAUAAUAACCACCAAAAGAGUGACCUUGAAACAGUUGAAGUGAUGAGUGAUAUUGUUUGAUCAGGCCACUAAUGGGAAGCUGGUGUGUGUCUGAGUGUCUUUAAGUGUGUUACACAUAUGUGAAAGAGUGAAUCAGUGUUGUGUUUCUCUAGUGUUGACGCGUUGCUGCUCUUACAAAAUCACACCAAUUACUAUUUGUAGUAUUCACAUUUUUUCCCACUGUUUUUUCUAAUCUUUUGCUUAAAUCUGACAACAUUUCUCUGAACAUUAGCCUUCCAAAUUUGCAAGUUUUUUUUGUAUAUAAUCUAAAAUGAGAUGAAGUGGAUUUUAUUCAGUUCUGAAAAAAAAAAUAUUAUUUAGAAAUUUGUUUAUCCUCAUUCUUAUUGAUAUUCAUAUCUGUUCUUCCAAUGUGCUCUCCCUCUUUUUCUCUCCCUGUGUGCUAUAGGAAAUAUAUUAAGAUGUUAUCAGUAUUAUCAAUAAAAAGACUGUCAAAACCCA